GACGCGAAAUAUGAUUUUUGAAAUACAGUUAUUACCAAACGCAGCCGUACACACUUGAAAAGGAAACUGGUUUUGCAAAAAUCCCCAAAACCAGUUUCCGCUUAAGAAUUUUAGAUCCAUCACGGUGAGCUCCAUCUAUUGCCGCCCGCGGCACCCCUUCCCCAACCCCCUUCUCUCUCUCUAUCUCUUUGUGUGUAGCAACACCGACUGGUAACCCGUGAAUCCGCUUUUUUCUUCUCCGGUUUUAGGGCUUCUCGGCCUUAGAUUCGUUCAUCACCUUGUCUAUUUGGGUUUCUAGAAUAUCGAUCUAUAAGCUUCUCUCUCUUUCGUUGUCCCCACUAUGCUCUUUCUUUCUAAAAAACACCCCUUUCUAUGUUUUGCGUGCCUCUCUGCCUUCUUUUAGAUUUUGGUUUCAUUACUUCUCAUUUUUUAUGAUUUUGGGGUUUUAAUUUUUUCGUAUUGCUUAAAUCCUGUGGGAGAAGCUCUUUUUGAUGGUUUUAGGGUUUGGUUCAACGAUUUCACCGUUAUUGGUGUUUCUGCCUUUUCGAUCUGAUUCAAGUACUAUCUUUUAUGUGAAACUGUUUGCUCGGGCGUCAGAUUCGAUCUCUCUCUCCCGUUUCUGAUUCUGGUUUUCUGUUCUUAGUUAAAUCUAUUACUUCCCCCUUUAUUGGUACCCUCGCUCUAGGGUUUCGUUUCUUUGCCGUUGGGAUGGCCAAUUCUGGGUCUCCGACUGGUUCCCCGUCUCCUCAAGCGGUGAAACAGUAUGGCGUGACAAAACCCAUAUCUUCUGCUGGACCUACGGAGGCGGACAUUCGGAAGAGCUUGGAAUUGGAAAAGUUCUUGGUUGAUGCUGGGCUUUACGAGAGCAGCGAAGAAGCUGCACUGAGAGAAGAGGUUCUUGGACAAAUUGAACAGAUUGUGAAAGGUUGGGUGAAGCAGCUAACUCGACAGAGAGGGUAUACUGAUCAAAUGGUUGAGGAUGCAAAUGCCGUGAUAUUUACGUUUGGGUCUUAUAGGCUUGGGGUACAUGGUCCUAGGGCCGACAUAGAUACUCUGUGUGUUGGGCCUUCCUAUGUGAAUCGAGAGGAAGAUUUCUUUAUUAUUUUGCAUGAUAUCCUGGCUGACAUGGAAGUAGUUUCUGAGCUUCAACCCGUUCCAGAUGCUCAUGUGCCUGUGAUGAAAUUCAAGUUCCGAGGAAUAUCUAUUGAUCUUCUUUAUGCUAGUAUCUCUCUUUUGGUUGUUCCAGAAGAUUUGGAUAUCUCUCAUGGAUCUGUAUUGUACAAUGUCGAUGAACAAACUGUUCGAAGCCUUAACGGAUGCCGUGUUGCAGAUCAAAUUCUUCGACUUGUUCCGAAUGUUGAGCAUUUUCGUACAACACUCAGGUGUCUAAAGUUUUGGGCCAGAAGGCGUGGUGUUUAUUCGAACGUGACUGGAUUUCUUGGUGGUGUGAAUUGGGCUCUUUUGGUUGCUCGGGUAUGCCAGCUUUAUCCUAAUGCAAAUCCAAGUAUGCUGGUUUCCCGCUUUUUCAGAGUUUAUACACAGUGGCGUUGGCCAAACCCUGUGAUGCUUUGUGCAAUUGAAGAGGAUGAACUGGGGUUUUCUGUUUGGGACCCCCGUAGAAACCCCCGUGACCGGACUCAUCUUAUGCCAAUCAUCACUCCUGCAUUUCCUUGCAUGAACUCUAGCUACAAUGUGUCGACAAGUACCCUCCGGGUGAUGAUGGAGCAGUUCCAGUUUGGUAACAAGAUCUGUGAGGAAAUUGAACUGAAUAAAGCUCAGUGGGGUGCUUUAUUUGAGCCUUAUAUUUUUUUCGAGAUAUAUAAAAACUAUCUGCAGGUUGAUAUAGUUGCAGCUGAUGCUGAUGAUUUGCUUUCUUGGAAGGGCUGGGUAGAGUCCCGGCUUAGGCAGCUUACUCUCAAGAUUGAGCGGGACACAUUUGGGAUGCUGCAGUGCCAUCCUUAUCCAAAUGAGUAUGUUGACACGUCGAAGCAGUGUUUGCAUUGUGCCUUUUUUAUGGGUUUGCAGCGGAAACAGGGUGUGAAAGUCCAGGAAGGCCAGCAAUUUGAUAUACGUGGGACUGUUGACGAGUUCAGGCAUUCAGUGAACAUGUACAUGUUUUGGAAACCAGGGAUGGAAAUCUAUGUUUCUCAUGUCCGUAGAAAGCAGAUCCCUUUGUAUGUGUUUCCUGAUGGGUACAGACGGCCCAGGCCACCAAGGCCUCCAGCUCUGCAGGCUGAUAAAUCAUCUCAAGAAGAUGAUGAGUGCAGGGAUUGCUGUGCAGAGACAACACUUAAGAGGAAGAAGGAUCCUGAAGUUUCUGAUCUGAAUGCACAUGGGAAACCAGAGAAGCGUGCUUCUAUCAGCCCUCCAAGACUCGAAUCUGUUUCUCCUUUUACCAACUGUGGGUCUGGAGGCACAUCUCAGACUGAGGGUUUAGGAGCGGGAAAUGCAGAUGGUCAUGCUGAGUCUGGGUUUACAGUUAGCAAGUUAGAAAACAAGGAAGGUGCUGGAAAUGAUGUACGGACCCACAAACCAGAGAGAGAGACUUCAACUCCCUUUGUUGGUAGUGCCCUGUUAACUGAGACGUGUCAGGAUGUCGUUCUUGAGUUUAAUGUAGGGAACCGGGCAUCAGGGAAAUUGGACAAUGCAGAGGUUGGAUCUGGCAUUGGAGCUUGUGGCAGGCUGAAUACUGCGGUCCUUACUUCUGAGGACAUCGAAUCGGUAUCUGUAACAAGUUCUUGUGAGAAUGCAGAUAUCUCUGAAGGGAGUGAUAACCUGGGGUCUUUGCAGGUUGGUGGUGCAUCUGAAGCAGAUUCAGAGACACUAUUGGAUAAUGGAAACAUAAAUGGGAGUGGAAUUUUUCAGAAUGGUUUGUCAGAAGAGUUAGAGCCUAAUGUUGCACUGGGGAUGGUCCUGAAAGCUCGUAGUGGAGCAACUUCAGAGCCUGUCCAGAAAUCAGUGAUAAGGCAUGUGUUUCCAAACCCUACAUUUUCUCUUGGGAAUGUUUGUACUCUGUUAUCUUUAUACUGUCCUGUUUGGUUGGUUGGUUUGCUUCUCUUUUUUGCAGGUUGAGCUUGACGUCAAGAGCAUGAGGACUUGAUGGUGCUGACGACUCACCUGAUGGGUAAGUAUUGAAAAUGAAAUGUCGGCUGACCUUUUGUUUUUAAAGGUGUGCUCGUGUACUGUCUAUCCUGCAGACUGGGAGCUGGUAGGGAAGCAAGUUAAGAGAAUAGCGUCUGUUCUCGACUUUGCUAGUUUUGAGUACAGUUGUAGUCAGUCUAUUACGCAUGUUGUGCAGAGGCUGUUCAACGGAUGCUCUCUUAAGUGAGGGAUUGCGUACUCUAUUUUGUUUUUGUUUUUUUCCCUUAAGAAGAAAACUGGUGUGAAGAGUCUUUUGGAUCUGGUUUUCUCAUAUGUGAUGGAUGUUGGUUGGAAUGUCAUGGUUGCUGAUUCAUAUA